UCUGUCCUCUCUCUGCGCUGCUCUUGCUGUUUCUGCUCAUCUGCAUCGUACAAGCUCAAGUUUCAGAUCCAAAACCUCUCGUCAGUAGUGACCAAACAACUGAAACUGAAGUUGCAGACUCAGAAACAGAUCGACCAAAAGCUACACUUACAUUACAACAUGACUGGACAGACUUUUUCAAAGGACAGACUGUCACUUUUAAAUGUGACAUACUGGGAUCUGGCCAUAGAGUGUGGACAUACAACUGGUAUCAGAAUGGAGAUGAAGAUUAUCCAGUUCACUCUGCUUAUGGAACAAAUGAAUACACAUUUAAAGUGGAAGAAAAUGGUAGGUUUUCUUGCAAGGGAACCCGGAUGACCCAAGAGCACCAACUGAGCACUGAAUUCAGUAACACUGUUACACUGAAUGUGAUGGCAAAACCCAAACCAACUGUGAAGGUUAAGCCUCAGACGUCUGUCUACACUGGAGACACUGUUACUCUAAGCUGUGAGGUACAGCAAUCUACUGGAUGGACGUUUUUUUGGUACAUUUACUCUCAGCAGCCAAAAUCAUGGACCACUGUAAGAAAAAACAAUAUAAUGAAUGUGACAGUCUCUGAAGAAGGAACUUCAGAAUAUGAUUGCACUGCACGAAGGGGACAAUACUACACACAUUACAGUGACGUAGUCAAGAUCACAGCAGCUGCAAGACCAAAAGCUGUGGCCUCCAUAAAGCCUGAUCCACAGGUAUUUGAAGGAGAGACUGUCACUCUCAGAUGUAACAUACAGGGAAGAGGCGUCUUUAGGUGGCAGUACAGCUGGAAUGAAGAGGGUUCACUCAGUCCUGUCAGCAGAGAACAGGUGUACACAAUCAGUGGUGCUGAAGAGUCUCAUACAGGUAACUACACCUGUAGAGGAACAGAGGCAGGAGGAUCCCGCUACUCCCACACCAGUGAUGCUGUUACGCUGACUGUAUCAGCAAGACCAAAAGCUGUGGCCUCCAUAAAGCCUGAUCCACAGGUAUUUGAGGGAGAGACUGUCACUCUCAGAUGUAACAUACAGGGAAGAGGCGUCUUUAGGUGGCAGUACAGCUGGAAUGAAGAGGGUUCACUCAGUCCUGUCAGCAGAGAACAGGUGUACACAAUCAGUGGUGCUGAAGAGUCUCAUACAGGUAACUACACCUGUAGAGGAACAGAGGCAGGAGGAUCCCGCUACUCCCACACCAGUGACGCUGUUACGCUGACUGCAUCAGCAGUGAAACCUAAACCUGAACUCACAUCUAGCCCUCAAGGAGCUGCACUGAUGGGAAACCCAGUGACUCUGUACUGUAAGCUGGUGCAGUCUGCUGGAUGGAGCUUUCACUGGUCCAAACACACACAGAACCCUGAGAAUGAGACCAACACUGCAACACACUCCUACACCAUCAGUGCAGUGAAGCUUUCUGAUGGAGGCCAGUACUGGUGUAGAGCUGGCAGAGGAAAUCCAGUCUACUACACACACUACAGUGAUGCGCUCUGGGUAAACAUUACUGGUGUGUCUUCUCUAGUCUCUCUGAUCAUCAUUCCCAACAGAACUCAACACUUCAGUGGUCACUCUCUCUCACUGAGCUGUGAGGACCAGAGGAACUCUACCAAAUGGAGAGUCAUGCAAUACACACAAAAUAGGAGUGUGUCAAAUUGUCCACCAGGCAAGGGAUCAGUUACAAGAUCUACAUGCAACAUCAGCUCUCUCUCCACAUCUCACACUGGAGUGUACUGGUGUCAGUCUAAGUCUUUAGGGAGCAGUAAACCUGUCAACAUCACAGUGCAUGAUGGUGAUGUGAUCCUAGACAGUCCUGUACAUCCUGUGACUGAGGGAGAUUCUCUGACUCUACGAUGUUUAUUGAACAAAACAUCUUCUAACCUCAUAUCUUACUUCUAUAAAGAUGGAUCACUCUUUUGGAACCAGACCACAGGACAGAUAACCAUCCCUGUCAUCUCAAAAUCAGCUGAGGGUCUCUACUACUGCGAAUACCCAGAGAGAAGAGAAUCACCACAGAGCUGGGUCUCAGUCAGAGACUUAGGUCCUGGAUCCAGUGGUGUAAUAGUUGGACCGGCUGUUGGACUCAGUUUAAUCUUGUUGCUCAUUAUCAUACUUAUCCUGUUCCUGAGCUACAAGAAGAACAAAGGAGGUACAGGAUCUCGGUCUCCCCCUACUGGACAUCAGGAGAACACUAACCAGACCACGGGCCAGAGGCAGAGUUGGACUGGGCCUGAGAGCUCUCUUGCAGGAACCUCACUGCUGCAAGCAGGAGGUGAUCUGAUUUAUGCCAAUGUUGGUAACAGGAUUACAGAUGCUGGUGCAGGACCCAGUGAUGUGACUUAUGCUCAAAUUAAAAUGAAACCCAAGAGGAAACCAAAACAAACAGAGAAGACCAGGGAGGGCACUGAUGUGAUGUACUCAGAACUGAAACAGAAGUCAGAAAAGGAUGGUCCAGGACCCAGUGAUGUGACUUAUGCUGAAACUGAAAUGAAAACCAUGAAGAAGCCAAAACAAACGGGUGAUUCCACUAAACCCACCGAUUCAGCAUAUGCUCAGGUUAGCAAAAGGCACAGCAAAAAGAAUAGCAGGUGUCUGAAGAAAGUGCAACAUUGUGAAACUUAAAUCUUCAAUCAGUGACUCGAGUAGUGUCAAAGCUGCCUCACAGAGAACUAUGAUAAAUGUAGUUUUUACAGGAAAUGUUGUUCCGUUCCUUGUUUUGUUGCUGUACUCAAGGUUUUCUGAAGUCUAGCUUGUGGCUUUAGCGGACAGGAGGGACCAGGAUCUGAACUAAAGAGAUAUUUAGGCUUAUACUCCGUAACUUUGCCAAUGAUGUAUCCAGUUUACAUCAUCUAGUAAAGAUCACUUGAUGCUGCUGAAUAUUUUUGAAUAGCCACAAUCAAAAUAGUACAAUUAAAAGAAUAAUCUUUUUUAAAAGGGUGAUAACAGUACAAGGUGCAUGCUCAUUUGGUAUUUUUUAUGGAUUUUUUACAUUUAAAUUUCAUUUUUAUAAAUAGAUUUUUCUGUUAUUCUAAUUUUCUCUCACCAUGAACAUCCUAAUGUUUUAUAGUCUUUUUGGCUUGAUUUUUACCCAUAUGCCUAGCCAAGUGUGAAACAUUUAAGUGAUGGCUCACAUACUGCACAUUGUUCGUACGCUAUACAUUUUGAUGUAAAAUUGUAAUUCAAUAUUCUUAUAUAUCAUUAUAACUUAUUAUUGUAGCCUAUUUGUUUACUUAUGUCUUUCUUUCAUAAAUGUUUCUUUGCUAUCAUAAAAAAAAAACUAUUGCUAUUAAAAACUCAUUAUCGUUCCAAAAAUAAACCUUUAUAGGACAAAACAUUUCUUAACAUGUACUGUAUAUGCAUGAGUUUGUAUGACAGGUCUAUUGGUCCACUCAUUAUGUGCGCCCCCAACAUACAGCUGGU